UUGUAAAAGGAAGUGCUGCUCGUUCUGGGGCAGGCUGUUUGGGGAAGGCUCCCACCCCCCAGUCCUCGGAAGGAGCCUGAUCCUGCCCUCCCCGUGGUCAGACUAGCCUGAGGCCGCCCCUCCACCGAGCCUGCCCUCCGCUAGCUCUGCUUGUUGUCUCACUGCCCAGGAGAGCAAGGCGAUGGGUCCGCCCCUGCUGCUGCCCCUGCUGCUGCCCCUGCUGCCAGCAGCUUCUCUGCAGGCUGGUGGCUCAGCAGAAUGCAAGUUAAACCCUAACUUUGGAGUCUACCAACCAGAGCACCUCUCAGCCCCUGAGGGUGGCUCCAUCGACAUCCCCUUCUCCUUCUGCUACUCCUGGCAGUUAGCCAGCGAUCCCAAAAUGAGUAUAUCCUGGCGAUGGAAAGACUUCCAUGGAAAGUUCAUCUACAACACAACCCUGCCGUUCACCCGUGAGAAUUUUAAAAACCGCCUCUUCCUGAACUGGACAAAGGGCCAGACGAGUGGCUCCCUCCGGAUCUCUAACCUGCGGAGAGAGGAUGAGACUAAGUACUUCUUCCGAGUCCGGUUGACCACACGGGACCAUGGCGAGCAGGUGUGGCAGUCCAUCGAAGGGACCAACCUCACCAUCACCAGAGCCACCGAGAAAACCACCACGGACCCCACCACCACCACCAUCCCUACCACCAGCAGCAGCACCACAGAAGGCCUCAGCGCCUCAGCGUCUGGGCCCCUGCCUCAGGGAGCGAUCGUGGGGGUGGCACUGGCGGGGGCCGUGCUCAUACUCGCAAUUUUGGGAUUGAUGAUCUUCCUCGGGUGGAGGAGAAGCAAAGGUCUGCAGACUAAAUGUGAGAAGGAUGAUGUUCAAGGUGGAAAGACGGCAAGAGCCCCAGACAGGGGAUCCUUCCCUAACGCUGAGGAGGAGAACGAGAACAUUGGGCAUGAAGGACUACAUAGAAACUCCAAGUCGGACCCAAAGGCUGAUGGCAUCCUCUAUGCCUCCCUUACCCUCUCCAGUUUGGCCUCCCCCUCACCGCCAGCACCUCCUGGCCCCCUUCUCCCCGGGAGCCCCCAGGAAGAGACCCUGUACUCUACCUUAAAGACCUAAGGAGUGGGACUGCAUGACGACCUCCUCAGAGUAAGCUGCACAGAGGGAUCACCACUUCCCUAAUAAUCCCAGCCAGACACCGGGGUGGAAGGCCACCAAGGACCUAAGAAAAAUAGCCAUCUGUUCCAGUUCUUCACCUCAUUCCCUUGCCCACAAAAAUAAAAGUAUCUGUAGGAUUUGCCUGAAUGCGUCUGAGAAAAAAAUUGAUGUCUCCUUCAACUUCUGUCCUUCUUUCCAAAAAUGAGCUACAAUAGAUAGCUCACGCCCAAGAUCCCUCCUCUAGUUCAGGGCUUGCGUCGGGCCUGGAAACAAUAAGUUACCAAACACGGGUAGGCAGCCUGGAACCCAAGGUCUGCCCCCUAGUCUAACCACUCUACUCACCAAAUAAUGAUAACUGGCAUGUAUUGUUAUGCAUCACCUCAUUUAAAUGUUAACAACCC